GUAAAAUAUUUAAUCUCAAACUCAACCUUAACAAAACUUGCAAUUGCCUCUCUCUCUCUCUCUCUCUCUCUCUGAAAUCCAAACGAUCGGCAACUAUCUUCAAAAUCGGCGAUUCGCAGCCAUCUUUCGAUGCAUUGAUUCGCAGCAGAUGGAAUCAAGUUCUGCAAUUUAGGGUUUAAAGGGAAGUGAAUUUUCAGCCAUUACAGGGAGAUUUCUUUGAAGUUUGGCCAUAACUCAGGACUGUGAAAAGAAGGGGUUGCCCCUUACUCCCAUUGCUUUAAGAAUGGUUUAUCACUCAAGUUUUGUAGAUGAAGAAGGCAUUACUAAAGCUUGUGGGUGCCCUCUACUCCCCUUGAAAAGCCACAUUAAAGGCCCUGCUCCAGUUUCUAAUAAAGAUAGGAGUGAUAUUGUGGAUGAAGCCAUCACUUUCUUUCGAGCAAAUGUUUUCUUUAGGAACUUUGACAUCAAAAGCUCUGCAGAUAAGCUUCUCAUCUAUCUCACCCUGUACAUAAACGUGGCUCUAAAGAGGCUUGAAGGUUGUAGAACUUUGGCUGAAGGGACAAAAGCCAUCAUUAAUCUCGGGCUUGAGAAGGUCCCUGUGCCUGGAGAACCUGGGUUCCCUUUUGGUGGUCUAUUUGCUCUUCCACCGUCGCAGCGAGAAGCAGAAUUGUUCAGGAAUUAUCUUAAACAGAUCAGAGAGGAAACCAGUGGGAGGUUGCUGAGGUGUGCAUAUCGGCCCAAUGGCACCCCAAACAAAUGGUGGCUGGCAUUUGCUAAGCGGAAAUUCAUGAAUAUUAUUGUUCCUUAAGUGUAGAAAGGUGAUGCAAUGCAGUAAUCUAUGAUGUCUCAUACCUGCACAAGAUUUCACUGUUUCUAAUUUCUGGAUGGUUCUUCAAUUCAAUUUGUCUUUCCAUGCCUAAGCAUCUGUAUUUGCAGGAAUCCACUUCUCUCUCUCUAGUGUGUGCAUGUGUACACGCACAUAUUUAGGUUCUUUUUCUCAAGUGUAACAUAGUGGAGAUUGGAUAUUUUUAAACCGGAAGAAUGAUGGUCAGUGCAUGCGACGUGGAACCUGGAUUCCAAACUCUGUUUGCCUUUCUCAAAUGCAAUGCUGUUUGAUUUUCCAAUGUAAUGUUAGAUAAUAUAUUAAUGAUUGUAUAUGGAGAGCAAUUUAAUGAGAAAAGAUAUGGUACUUAUAGCCUCA